ACCCUGUUGGGCAGCACUUUAAUUAAAUAAUUACAGUGGUUUUAAGGGGGUUAGAAAAAAUCACAUCAUAUCAUAGUCCCUUCAUGGCUCCCUACCAUCUCCAAGACGCUCUAUACUGCUCAGAGGAAGAGGAUGAAUUAGAACAAGAUGAGGGUUCCGGGUUGGUAGAAGGGGACAUGUUUUGGGAUGAUGAGGAGCUUGCGUGGAUGCUGGCCAGGGAAGAACAACACACAACACACACCCCUCUCUGCUUCCAAUUGGAGUGUGCUCGCAGAGAGGCGGUGGAGUGGAUACUCAAAGUCAGCUCACAUUACUCCUUCUCUCCUCUCACUUCUCUUCUUGCCGCCAACUACCUUCACAGGUUCCUCUUCACUUUCUCCUCCAUUAACAAUCUCAAUAAGCCAUGGAUGACUCAGCUGGCUGCCGUCGCUUCUCUCUCACUCGCUGCCAAGCUUGAAGAGACUCAUCUCCCCCACUUACUAGACCUCCAAGUGGAGGAUUGCAGAUACGUGUUCGAAGCCAAAACCAUCAAAAGGAUGGAGAUUUUGGUGCUUUCAACUCUCCGAUGGAAGAUGAAUCCCGUCACUCCUCUCUCUUUUCUCGACUAUAUCACACGAAGACUUGGAUUAUUCAACUCCAACGACUUCCUCACCAGAUCCCAAUCCCUUCUUCUAUCUACCCUUCCAGAUAGCAGGUUCAUGAGUUACCUUCCUUCUGUGGUGGCAACUGCCACAAUGAUGCACGUGUUGAAUAGCGUGGAGCAGCGAAACCAGGUGGUACGCAUUCUUGGAACGAAGAAAGAGAAGGUGGAUGAAUGCUUGAAGCUGAUAUGGGAACAGGGGAACAAGAAACGCAAGUUUGGAUGGGUUCCAGAUAGUCCAAACGGCGUCAUGGAUGUGUCGUUUACCUCUGCCUCUGAUGAUAGCUCCAAUGAUUCAUGGCCUCUACUACUUCCUAAUAAUAAUAAUAAUAAUAACAACAAUGUUUCUUCCCUCUCAUCCUCACCGGAACCUAAGAAGAAUAGGACUCUACUAAACCCUCCCAACUCAUCCCAUUUCAUUUAGCACUUCUUUAAUUACUCUUCUUCUAUAUAAUUACUUGCUGUAGUAAUAAUUAACCACGUACCAUCUUUCUAAGGGGAUUCUUGAAUUACUUGACCAAUUCACAAGCACAUUAAUUGACUAAUUAACUAUAACAAAAGUGUAUGUAUUUCACUAAUUAUCGUUCUCAAUAUGAAACUUCAAUUGAACACGUAUUAUGUUAUGAAAAAAUAGAAAGAGAGGAAGCAUGGGAAUGAAUUUUUGUUUUGCAUGUGAUGGGAGAAACAUGUUGUCGGCCACACUUACAUAUUAAGUAACGAAAGUAGGAAGGGUUAUUUAUUGAGGUGUUGACCUCGUUAAAUUGGUGUUUGUAUUGCAAUUAUGGCAAAAAGUAACCAUACAAUGAACAAUCCAGC